CUCCCCCAGAGUCCCUGUGAUCAGCUUCAAGCUCCCAUUAUCGGUCCUUGACCCCUCCGUCGCCCCCAAUUGAUACCCUGCGCCGAUUUCUACGGGGCUAAUUUUUGUUGUUGACUCUCGUUGCGAACUCCGGUCCUCCCGUCUAUCACGAUCUUCCCCCACAAUGUCGUCCAAGUACGUCUUCACCAAGGGUCUGAAGGAGCUGCGCUUCCUUUUCUGCCAGACCUCUCAGGCUAGCUCUGCUACUCGCUCGUUCUUGCAGCGCGCAUACCCGACCAUGAAGAAGCACAACCCUCACACCCCCAUCCUGAUGCGCGAGGCAGCUGGUACUGUGCCUAGGGUGUACGCCAGAUACGCUUUCGGCCAAGAGAAGCAGGAAGCUCUGACCGGCUUGACGGACCAGCAGAUCGAAGAGAAGAUCACUCAGUUGGUGAAGGCGUCUUCAUAGCGAAAUCACGACGCGUCCGUAUAUGUUCAUGCACCGCAUUUCCAAUUUGCACUGUAUCUAUAGAUGAAAUGAAACUCGUUCGCCGUGAUAACCCAG